CAACAGUCAUUGUCAAACUCUUAGAAAACAUGGCAGAGGCCGCCUUUUCGGAGGACGGAAAAUAUUAUUCUACAAUCAGUCAAGACGGUAGAUUAAGAAUAUGGGACACGGAAACCAAUGUUCUCAAACAGGAAUACACACCAGACCUACAUUUAUCAUCACCACCAUCUUGUUUACAAUGGAUCAGCGUCAGUUUAACUAACAGUCCGCAGAAAGGUGCACGACGAAAAUCUAUAACCGAACAAGAGCAAUACUGUCUAGCUUUAGGGACGUCUAGUGGAAAAAUCCUUAUAUAUUCAGUUAGCCAAGCUAAAGUGGAAACAGUCUUGAAUCAAAAGGACAACAAUAAUAAAGUUGUUACUUUGGAUUGGCAUAGAAAAUAUGGCCUCUUUAGUUGUACUGUUAACAAUUUAGUUCAGGAAUGGGAUUUACAGAGUGGAUCAGUUAGAAAUAAGUAUAACAUUAAAGUUGUUGGUAUAAAUAAGCAAGGAAAUAAAAUUAGUGCGAUAAGGAUAGUACCACACAAUCAGGACACAACUGCAAAAUUCCUUAUAACUGCAUCAUGGCAAAUCAGAUUAUGGCGGCUCCAUAAUUCCACUGCGGAAGUAGUAAAAUGUUUGGGCCACAAUGCAGCCCCGAGGGCACUGCUGACUGUCAGCACUUUAAACAAGGCUUGCUGGCUUAUUGAGGGAUCACAAACCGAACGCCUUCUCUCAUUCUGGGAUAUAACAAUAACGCAAGACCAGUUACAACAAACAAACCACCAAAAUGGCGAUGAGGCGACCCCCAGUAAAAAACAGAGAAAGAAAUCCAUAUCCACCCCAGUUAUACCAACUCCGCAGUAUAACUUCGUCCUGGAGGACGCUCCGAGGAUAAUAGACGUGAGUUUGACAGAAGAGGAAACCAGUACGAGAUUGAGUUUGGCAGCAGCUACCCGAAGUGGAGUUGUACAUUACUAUGGACUUACUUUAAAUGGGGAAUCAGCUAAGCCAAUAAAGCCAUCGUUAACAAUUCAAGUGACAACGGAGGACGCCCAGCCACUCCCUCUUCAAUGCUGUAGGCUAUCGUCCACCGGAGACCUUCUACUUGGAUACACCAGCGGGGCAACACUUGUGUUCGAGAAAGUUAUUCCAGACGUAAAAACAAAAACUCAAGUCCUCAUACGUGGAGAAUCCAAACCAAAAGACGCAAAGAGCAAAUCGAAGCAAAAUGACUCGGGUGGGGUGCAGAAAAACGAAGUCACUUAUGUUGAACCCAUGGGCGGGGUUAGCAGGAAGCGAGCUACGCCAGGCGGCAAAGUGGAAGUAUCUAUGGAGGCACGUUUAGAAAAUUUGACGGUGGACAUCAAAAGUCGCAGCAAAACCGCCGUCAGCCAUAACUUAACUAAACUUUUAAUACAAGGACUGCAUUCUAAGGAUAAAGGGUUAAUAUUAACGGUGCUACAAAAGGACGACCCAGCGGUGGCUACAAGCACGGUUUCCAACCUCCCAGCGGAUUAUGUACCGGUGUUGUUAGAGCAACUGGUGGAUAUGGCCACGAGAAGAACCAGCCAAUGCGCGGCUGUGUGCACGUGGCUGAACGCGGUGCUGAGGUCCCACGCGGCGUUACUCCUGGCCACCGUCAACUCCAGGACCUCGGACCGACUGUCGCAGCUACUGGCUAUAUUCACACACAGACGCUCCCACCUGUGCCAGCUGUUGAACCUGAAGGGCCGGCUCGACCUCACCGUGACCCAGCGCGGCGGCGGCAGUGAGCAUGUAGAACAGCAACCUGUUCUUGAGUACAAUGACUCUUCAUCAGACUCGGAGCCCGAGGUGGGCGUGUACCAGUCGGGCAGCGAACACUCGUGGGAGGACGAAGUAGACGGCGAAAGCCCGGAGGGAUCCCACAGCGACAUGUCCGAUGAUGAGGCGGACGAUUGAUUAAACGUGUACAAACUAUAUUUUA